AUGAACCCCGCAAACAACUCGAGCCAGGAGCAUGCUCCGGCUCCGACCUCUGCAGCUGCAGCUACAGCUCCUGCGCCAACGGCCGCCACGACAGCCACGGCGACGACAUCAACUCCUGCGAACACCCAGGAAGACGUUCAAACCUCAAACGCGCCGUAUGUGGCAGCGCAGCCGACGCCCAGCGCGAUGAAAAUGGCUUCGACGCUCCCACCUAUCGCCGUAGCGCAGCCACUAGGCAACAUCAGCCAGAUCCAGUCGCAUCUGGUCGGCGGCAGCAACAUUCCUGUGAACCCGAACGCCCCACAAGGCAUCUAUCAGAGCGGGCCUAACAGCGCAAACCCGAGCCACCCGUACGUGACAGUCAUGGCCAUGGCCCCGAUUGGACCCUCGGGUGACGCCGAGGUGGACAGUAUGCGCUUCGCGUUCCUUCAAAAGUGCCGCUGGAUGGCUGGGUGCUUGUUGGCGUACUACGUGGCGACCUUUUUGUUCCUGCAGCCGUUUAUUCUAGGCACGUUGGGUCUGCUCACAGCAUUUAUGGGUUACUAUGGCACGCGGCCACCUGUGGACGCGAUGCGACUGAAGUGGCUGCGCUGGUACAUUUGGGCGAACUACGUUAUGCUGAUCCUCAACAUGUGGUGGCUGGUAGUGACACUGGUUUUCUCGGGGAGUAUGUUUACCUAUGCAGACGACAGCGGCAGCGACAGUGACAGUAACGCCGAGGAUGAGUACAUGGAGUCCACAUACUACUACUCCAGCAGCGUUGGGCUCUUCGUCGGGCUGUUAGUGGCAGCUAACACGCUCAUGCACCUGCGCUGCCUGCGUACCGCACAACUCCUGGUCGCGGAGCUCGUAAACGCUGGAGUCGACCGGCAGCCAGCUCCUGUCGUCAUGCUCGCCACUGCAAACCCCGCCUCCGCAGUAUAA